AUGGGCCCGAAAGCCGCACGUGGUUGCAAAGCAUGUGGUGAUAAAAAAGAAGACGAUACGUAUGUGCAGUGUGACGAGUGCGACGAUUGGUGGCACUUUUCAUGCGCCGGUGUAACCAAGCCAAUCGAAUCCAUGCAGGACUAUCCUUGGCUGUGUAAAAAGUGUGUUACCAGGGCGCGCAAGGAUCAUUUGUCCUUACCAAAAGCCACCGAGGAGCCCCAUCCUUCGAAACUAGUGGAUCCUAACCUCAAACUGGCUACUACGGGGGAAGGCGUGGCAGGCAGGAAUACCGCCACGAAGAGCGUACGAUCGAUUGCUGGGGCGAACAAGGGAACACCAUCGGUGACGAAGGAACACGUGGGAGAACCAUCGCCUAACCUCAAUCAGGACACUGCUGGUGAUGACGUGGCACGUCAGCUCGCAGUACUGAAGCGACGUCAGGAGGUGGAAAGGAGACGCCUGGAACUGGAAAUGCAGCUAAGAUUCGUGCAGGAAGAGGAAGCUCUUCUUGGGUUGGGUCGGGACGAUUUAUCUUCAAAUUCACCUCAAGUUAACUCUUUUCAGCCGGGAAAGAGAGCGGUGAAAUACGGCGAAGAAGAAGAAGAACCCGAUUUGACUAACCGACAGGAAGCUGCGCGGAAAACCAUAUCUAAGGAGCUCCCUAUUUUCUCCGGUGACCCUGGUGAAUGGCCGAUGUUUAUAUCGAACUACGAAAACUCUACCAGACGAUGCGGUUACAGUAACUGGGAGAACAUGCUUCGCCUACAGAAGUGCUUAAAGGGUCCAGCUCUGGAAACCGUGCGAAGUCGGUUGGUGUUACCGGAAGCAGUGCCACAGGUUAUCGAAAAGCUUCGGAAACGUUUUGGGCGACCAGUGCAUCUACUGAAAUCCCUGAUCGAGAAGGUGCGUAGGAUUCCGGUGCCGAGAAUGGAUAAACUGGAGAGCAUCAUCGAGUAUGGCGAGGCGGUGCAGUGCAUGGUGGAUCACAUGGUGGCGGCGGGUGAACGGGCGCACAUCACCAACCCACUUCUGCUGGAGGAGGUCGUAAAUAAGCUUCCGGUGGACCAGCAAAUGCUCUGGUCACGGCACAUACGGGAUAUGGCAUCGGUGGACCUGGCUACCUUUGGCGACUAUAUGGAAGAGUUGGCGGAAGACGCUGCAAGGCUGACGGUGCUUGAUUCUGUAUCACUGAGUGGUACCGGCAAAGGAAGACCUACGAAGGGAUACGUCCACGCGCAUGCGGAACCUCCUGUGAGCGCAACUACACCAACGGCGGAAAAUGGUUGUCUGUUGUGCAACGUUGGGGGCCAUGCGCUGGAAAAGUGUUUUAAAUUUCAGGAGCUUCCACUGAAAGAACGAUGGCAAAGGGCACGAGAGCUUUCGGUGUGUUUCGGGUGCUUGGAGAAGCACAACUGGCGAUCGUGUAAAAAUCGUCAUCGAUGUGGCAUCAACGGCUGUACAUACCGGCAUCAUGUGUUGCUUCAUGAGCCAAAUGAACCGGCCGGGUCAUCUUCAGUUGUUCGGCGGGACCAGCUGAAACGACAAGGGUCGGAGGGCAGCCAAGCGGUUCAUAACCUUCAUCAGAUGAGUCCGGCGGCAGCGCUGUUUAGAAUAGUCCCGGUAACGGUUUACGGGGCAAGUGCAGCGGUAAACACAUUCGCAUUCCUGGACGAGGGGUCUUCAAUGACGUUGGUGGACGAGGAUCUGGCCGUGCAGUUGGGUGUAAAGGGAGAGAGGGAGCCUCUGUGUAUUAAGUGGACUGGCGAUACCACCCGGAUGGAACCCUCCUCGAUGAAGAUCGAUUUCGAAAUUGGACCUGUUACAGCGAGCAAGAGAUUCCCUAUGAAAGCUGUACGAACCGUGAGCAGGCUCAGCCUUCCGCAGCAGACGUUCAAGAUGGGUGACGGGUCGUGGGAUCAUCUUAAACAGCUGCCUAUCCAGGAGUAUCAGGAUGCUCGACCCAGAAUAUUGAUCGGACUGGACAAUAUCCGGCUGGCCGUGCCGUUAAAGACAAGAGAGGGGUCCCCGGGGGAUCCUGUAGCAGUAAAGUGUAGGCUUGGAUGGAGUGUGUACGGGAAAGCCAGUGGCGCACAUUCUGGGAAGGUACUGCACAUUUGCGAGUGCAAUGUAGGGGACGCAAAUCCCUGCAUUCAGGAAGCUUUACGCAAAUUCUACGAGUUGGAGCAGCUCGGGGCGGUUACCAGUGAGGCGCAGGACCCGGACGUGCGGCGGGCACAGACUAUCCUGGAGUCCACGACUAAACGGAUCGGUAAUCGAUUUGAGAGCGGGCUGUUAUGGAAACUGGACGAUUUCGAGCUACCUUCGAGCCUGGGGAUGGCGCGUCGCAGACUGGAAUGUCUGGAGAGGAGGAUGGAGCGAGAUAUCAAUCUGAAAACCGUGGUUCAUUGUCAGGUGAAGGACCUGCUAGAAAAGGGCUACAUUCAUAAGGCCACGGCUGCUGAGCUUUCCGGGGCGGAUCCGAAACGUAUCUGGUACUUGCCACUGGGAGUGGUAACUAAUCCGAAAAAGCCCGGGAAGGUGCGCAUUAUCUGGGACGCGGCUGCGAAGGUGCAAGGAACUUCUCUUAACGACAUGCUACUAAAAGGACCGGACGAACUGGCGUCUUUGCCAGGAGUGUUGUUUCGUUUCAGAGCGUACGGCAUAGCGGUGUGUGCUGAUGUAAAGGAGAUGUUCCUGCAAAUCCGCAUGCGGAAGGAGGACACGCAUGCACAACGUUUCCUGUGGCGAGAAAAUCCCGCUGAUGACGUGGAGGUCUAUCUGGUUGACGUCGUUACGUUUGGGUCAGCAUGCUCCCCGGCCACCGCACAAUACGUCAAGAACCGUAACGCAAAAGAGCACGCUGAAAUGUAUCCUAGGGCUGAGAGUGGAAUUGUCUCCAGCACAUACGUGGACGACUAUCUCGACAGCUUUGGUACAGUGGAAGAGGCGGCCCGAGUUGCUAAAGAUGUCCACAGAAUUUUCCAAAAUGGAGGGUUCGUACUGCGUAACUGGUUAUCAAAUGAUGGAAAUGUGCUGGAGCAACUUGGUCUUGACAACACCUUCUUGAAUGCUAAGAGCUUGACGUCGGCCACGGACGAAGGAGAGCGAGUGUUGGGGUUACGGUGGAGCCCGAAAUCAGAUGAACUGACAUUCUACACCCAGACGUGCAAGGAAAUGGCAAGGAUCUUCGACACAGAACACACGCCCACUAAAAGAGAGGUACUGAAAUGCGUGAUGUCGCUCUUCGAUCCAUUAGGGCUGCUGGCACAUUAUACUAUCCACGGUAGGAUAUUGAUUCAGGAUCUUUGGCGUGCAGGCACUGCAUGGGACGAAACUAUCGACCAGAGACAGAUUCGUGAUUGGCGCCGAUGGGUGGACUUGUUUCCAAUAGUAGCGCAAAUCAGGAUUCCGAGAUGCUAUUUCCCGGGAGCGCUGGAAGAGACGUACGACCAGGCGGAGAUGCACCUCUUUGUGGACGCUAGUCAGCUGGCUUAUGGGUGUGUGGUGUAUCUGAGGGUCAUCGACGCCGGCGGGGAGCCGCAUUGUACAUUGGUAUGCGGCAAGUCCAAAGUAGCUCCUCUGAAACCGCUGACUAUCCCGAAGAUGGAGCUGCAGGCCUGCCUAUUGGGGGUGCGAACGCUGAGAACAAUGGAAAGCCAUCACCCAUUUCGCACCAAGAGAAGGGUUCUUUGGACGGACAGUAUGGUGGCACUGUCAUGGAUACACGCGGAUCCGAGGAACUACAGACCGUUCGUUGCCAAUCGAGUGGCGGAGAUUCGCGAGAAGUCGGAUCUCACCGAAUGGCGAUGGGUGCCUACUCACGAGAAUCCAGCGGACGAGACGACGAAAUGGAAGGGGCCGACUAAACUCGGCUGGGACAGCAUCUGGUUCCAGGGUCCAACGUUUUUGCUACUGGAUGAAUCAUCGUGGCCGAUGAAAAAACCGGUUUCCACUACUCCAGAGGAGGAAAUACGGCGGGUUCAUCUUCAUCUGGAGAAAGUGAAUCAUGAUCUUCUACCUCUCGAUGCGGAGCGCUUCAGCCGUCUGGAGAGAAUGCUUCGAACACUGGCUUGGAUCAUCAGAUAUGCAGAUAACUUGAAGCGAAGUGUGGAUGGAAAGCCCAAGUAUUUUGGCUUGCUUACGCAAGAGGAGAUGGAACGGGCAGAAAGGGUUAUGUGGCGACGAGCGCAGGGAGAAUUCUUUCAGGAAGAAGUACGAGGUUUGAAGGAUAUGGGCGAGGAAGCUAGAUGUCGCACGGUAUCAAAGGACAGCCCAAUAUACGGACUUCUACCCUACGCGGAUGAAUUCGGUAUUUUGCGAAUGAGGGGUCGCAUUGGUGCGGCUCCCGAACUACCAUACUCCGCGCGGUUUCCAGUAAUCCUACCGCGUGACUCUCGGAUUACUCAUCUAUUGGUGGAUAUGUACCAUCGACGAUUUCGACACGCUAAUAACGAAACCGUGGUGAACGAGCUGAGGCAGCAGUAUCAAAUUCCCAAGAUGAGACGGUUGGUGGCAAAGGUGGCCCGAUGCUGUGUAUUCUGCCUGAUCCGACGUUCUUUGCCACAGAUCCCCCCGAUGGCACCUCUUCCGGCACAAAGGCUUACUUCCCAUGUACGGGCCUUUACAUACGUAGGUCUGGAUUACUUCGGACCAUUGUUUGUUCGAAGGGGUAGAGCGAGAGAAAAGCGCUGGGUAGCGCUUUUUACAUGUUUGACCGUUAGAGCCAUUCAUCUGGAAGUUGUCAGUAGUCUCUCCACGGAUUCGUGCAUUAUGGCAGUAAGGCGAUUUGUGGCGAGAAGGGGCUCACCAGUUGAAUUCUUCAGCGAUAACGGGACUAACUUCCAGGGCGCCAGCCAACAGCUGAGGAGGGAAAUUGACGCGCGAAAUGAGACCCUGGCUACCACCUUCACGAACGCGAACACCCGGUGGACGUUCAAUCCACCUGGAGCACCCCACAUGGGAGGGGUAUGGGAGCGUAUGGUGCGCUCGGUAAAAGCUGCGAUUGGAACGGUAGCGGAACUUCAACGUACACCCGACGAUGAGACAUUGCUUACCGUCAUGGCGGAGGCGGAAGGCAUGAUCAACUCUCGACCUUUAACGUAUCUUCCGUUGGAUUCGGCGAGUCAAGAGGCCCUUACUCCCAACCACUUUCUGAUGGGGAGCUCGUCAGGAGUAAAACAGCGACCGGUGGCGUCAACAAGCUUGCAGGCAGGUCUCCAAAGCAGCUGGAAAAUGACGCAACACAUUCUGGACGGAAUGUGGAGACGAUGGAUAAGAGAAUACCUUCCAGUUUUGGCGCGACAAACGAAGUGGUUUGAGCCGGUGAGGGAGCUGGUGGUAGGAGAUUUGGUACUAAUAGUGGAUGCCGGUGUAAGGAACCAAUGGAAGCGAGGAAUGGUCGAACGCGUGAUACCUGGAGCAGACGGACGUGUGCGGCAAGCCUGGGUACGCACCAACACGGGGACCCUAAGAAGACCGGUGGCGAAGUUGGCAUUGUUGGAAGUGAGACAUGGUGACCAGCAACCGUCUGGUCACGGGCUGGGGGAUGUUAACAAAGCAACGUAA